AUGCCGCCCGUCCGCACGAAGAAAUCCACACCAUCGAAGCUCGGGGGACCCCUGUCGGCUUUUGGCUUCGUCAAGAUCGACAAGGAAGAGGCCCUGGCCCGCGCGGCGAAGGUUGUACCGAAGAACCCAGACCCAGCGGCGACUUCGUCGUCGCCAUCAUCAGAAGACGAAGAUGUGGACGAUCCAGCUCUGCGGACGAAGCCGCGAGGUGGCUCGUUCCAGCGACCGCCAAAAAGCUUCACUCAAAAGGGCGAGAAGGUUGCCAUGUUCCACGGCGAUAGCGGAGGAAACCCGUACAUCUUUCAAUGCGACCUUGAAGCCCAGGCGGGCACAGCUACGAGGGAGCUAAUGUUUGGGUUUGGAUAUGAAUUCACAAAAGGACACAUCGACACCCUCGUCACCAUGUUCCCCAACCUCUGCCAGAAACUCUGGAGCAUCGAGCUCGUCUUCAUGGACCCUUACAGAGAGCCGUAUGACGGCUACGUGGACGUCGACGACGCCGACCUCAUCAGGCUCGCAAAGGCCUGCCCAGCGCUGCGCGCCUUCAAGCUCCCCUACGCCUCAAAAACGGGAGACGCUGCGUUUGCCGCCUUUUGUCGGCAUUGCCCGAGCCUCACACGUCUCGAGAUCUUCACCACCAACUGUCUCAGGGCGACGGGCGCCUGGUUCGACGAGGUGCGCGAGAACCCUUCGUGGGCGCCGAAGCUCAAGAGGGUGACAAUCACCAAGGGGGAGGACGAGAGGAUCGACAUGGACGCCUUGCUAGCGAUGAGUAAAGCUAGAAGCAAUCUGUUAAUCACGUUUGUGAGGGGUGAAGAAGACAGAGGAUUCCGAGGCCGCUAUGAGUUGAUGGCUUUUAUGGACGAGAAGUAUAGAGGGGGAAAGAAGGUCAAGUGUCAACCUUGCCAUCAAGAGGUACUUUAG